AUGGGAGGAAGUGAAUCAGUAACAACAACAACAACUACCGAUAGGCCCGACUGGACCAUCGUGUGGCACUUCUGGUUCUUUAACUUCGAGCGCCCUGGGGCCACCGUCUUCAUCGCUGGCGUUAGCAUAGUACACUCCUUGUUCCACGUCCCACAUUUGCUGCUGUACCGGCGGCUUGGCAUACUCACGGCUUUCUGGAGUAUCGUCGGCAUAGGACUCCUCUGGGGAGCUAUCACGGAGGAAGAGAUACUGUAUGAUAUCUGGAUCUGGUACUCAUCGGUCUACGUGCCAGUGAUGCUGAUCAUUACGUGCAUCGUGUUGGCCGCGUCAGUCUGGGCCAUGAACCUCAAGCCACUGCGGGCAUUCUUUUCCUUAAUUGCUGUGAUUUUCUAUCUGUUUAUGUUCUACUGCGUAAUAUUCGUGCAAGCUGAGAAGCGGAAGAUCUUCUCGACAACGACGCACACAACGACAACAACGACGCCGUGUCCCUGGUGUCCCACCUGCACGACGCCAAAGUGCACCACACCGUCCACACCCAAGAAGAUCUUACGCUCGCUAACGAUGAUUGUGAAGGUUUUAGACAGAAUUUGAAGGUGCUGGAGGAUG